AUGGCCAAGAAACCAAGUGAGACAGCCUUACUUAAAGUCUUAAGAGAGGGAAAAGAGUAUGAGUUCAAUAUCGGUGUAAAACCUAUCUUAGAGGAUGACACCAAUGCAGGAUACAGCAGUACUGAAGAUUUGCAGGUGAUGAAAGUGAAUGGAAUGGAAGUUGAUAAUCUGCAGCAUCUAUGUCAGGUCAUAGAGGAAUGUUGCACUGGGUAUUUGAGGCUGGAUUUGGAAGACGAAAAGGUUCUCAUCCUCAAUAAUAAAUCUGCGAGAAAAGCUAAUUCUAAGAUAUUGAAAGAUCUCAAAAUACCAUCAGCCAUGUCUGAUGAUCUUCAGCCUAGAAAGCUUAAUAGAGGCAGCGUAGUUCAUCGCCGGGUAGUUCUUCGCCAUAGCAAACCAUAA